CAAAGGAGCCUGCUUUUGACUUCCAAUUUCUUCUCUUUCCCCAGGAUUUUGGAACCAACAGAACAGCUGUAGGGAGAAUGCAAAUGCAUCUUUGGGAAGUCCUGAAGCAUCGUUUAUUUACAAUAUGUACCAAAGAGUAUUUUAUGCCAUCCAGGAUAUGACAUUUGAUGGGUGUGCAUGAGGACUUACCAGUAUUUUUUUAAAUUUGAUGCACUAUAUGUGAUGAAAAGGACCCAGCUACGAAGCCUGAAAUCAUCCAGAGGUUGGAGGAGAGACUCUCCGGCACUGGAAUCGCCCAACUUGAGAUCUUUCUCUCUGCUUUAAAGUGUGUUGUGGCAGCAUUGCGAGAGGCACAAGGUUGGCCUGGUUUAUGCCUCCUCCUCCACACCCCGAAGGCAGCGCGAUGGCCUCAGAGGCAUCUUGGAUGUCUCUUCAUUGGGGCGGAAUGGAAAGAGCUGCUGGGCAGCCACCUCAGGCCCUCUUGACCUUUGAGGAGGUGGCUGUGCUUUUCACGGAGGAGGAGUGGGCCCUCCUGAAUCCCAGCCAAAGAGCUCUGCACAGGGAUGUCAUGGUGGAGAAUUAUGAGAUGGUGGCAUCUCUAGAAUCAGACCUCCGUUCCUGCUGGGGAGAAUAUCCAUUUAUCCAGGAUACCAAAGAAGGAGAGACAUCAACAGAUUACAGGCAGAACAACUGGAAUUAUACAGAGCUCUCUGAGGUGCCGUUGGGAAGAGCGAAGAGUGAAUCACAAAAAGAGAUGUUUGUAUAUCUUAGAGAACUCAAAAAGGAUGAAGGAAACAUGUCGGAGAACGAAGAAAAGAAAUGCUCUACUGCUGUGGGUGUUGACACCCCGAUCUCACGGGAGGAUCAUGAAGAAAACAGCAGGAAAUUAAGUCCACUAUGUGGAGAGAUAUUUCGAUGUGAAUCACAGUUAAAUAUACAUUACAAGAUCCACACAGGGGUGAAAACAUUUAAACCAACAGAAUGUGAAAAGACUGUGUCCAGUAGCUUACCAAAAUAUCAAAAUACCCACACAAGAGACAAAGCAUUUAAAUGCAUGGAGUGUGGAAAAAGCUUCAGUCAGAGAGGUAACCUUAUUCGUCAUCAAAUGACACAUUCAGGAGAGAAGCCAUUUGAAUGCAGAGAGUGUGGGAAGUGCUUCAGUCAGAGCAGUCACCUUACUGCACAUCACAGAACACAUACCGGGGAGAAGCCAUUUAAAUGCAUGGAGUGCGGGAAGAGCUUCCGAUUGAGCAGUCUCCUUACUUUACAUCACAGAACACACACAGGGGAGAAACCAUUUAAAUGCAUGGAGUGUGGGAAGAGCUUUGCUGUGAGAUCGUGCCUCACGUUACAUGAAAGAGGCCACACAGGGCAGAAAUCAUUCAAAUGCAUGGAGUGUGGAAAGAGCUUCAGUCAGAGCAGUAACCUUAUUCGUCAUCAGAUAACACAUUCUGGAGAGAAGCCGUUUAACUGCAUGGUGUGUGGAAAGAAAUUCAGUCAGAGCAGUCACCUUACUGCACAUCACAGAACCCACACAGGGGAGAAGCCUUUUCAGUGCAUAGUGUGUGGAAAGAAUUUCCGUUGGAGCAGUCUCCUGACUUUACACCAGAGAGCUCACACAGGGGAGAAACCAUUUAAAUGUACCGAGUGUGGAAAGCGCUUCACUGUGAGAUCUUGCCUCACUUUACAUGAAAGGACCCACACAGGACAGAAAUCAUUUAAAUGUGUGGAGUGUGGAAAGAGCUUCAGUCAGAGUGGUCACCUUAUUCGGCAUCAGAUAACACACUCCAGAGAAAAACCAUUUAAAUGUAUGGAGUGUGUCAGUACCUUUACUCGGCAUUCUCAACUUAUUCGUCAUCAAAGAACACACACAGGAGAGAAACCAUUUCAGUGUGUGGAGUGUGGAAAGAGUUUCUGUUUCAGCAGUCACCUUACUCAACAUCUGAGAACCCACUCGGGGGAGAAACCAUUCCAAUGCGCAGAGUGUGGAAAGAGCUUCAGUUUUAGCAGUCACCUUACUCGACAUCAUCGAACCCACACUGGAGAGAAGCCAUUUCAAUGCAUGGAGUGUGGAAAGAGCUUCAGUGAGAGCAUUAACCUUACUGUACAUCUGAGAACCCACACAGGGGAGAAACCGCUGAAAUGCACGGAGUGUGGAAAGAGUUUUAGUCACAGCAAUAGCCUUGCUACACAUAAAAGAAUCCACACCGGUGAGAAGCCAUUUCGAUGCACGGAGUGUGGAAAGAGCUUUAGCCACCUUGCUGGCCUUCAUGCACAUAAGAUAACACACACUGGGGAGAAACCAUUUCAGUGCGUGGAGUGUGGAAAGAGGUUCAGCUCCAGCAGCCACCUUACUCGACAUCUUCGAACGCACUCAGGGGAGAAACCAUUUCCCUGCAUGGAGUGCGGAAAGAGCUUCAGUCAGAGCAGUCAGCUUAGUACACAUCAAAGAACACACACAGGAGAGAAACCCUUUAAAUGCACGGAGUGCGGAAAGCGCUUCAGUGCAAAGAGUAUCCUUACUAAGCAUCAGAGAAGCCACACAGGGGAGAAACCAUUCAAAUGCAUGGAGUGUGGAAAGAAUUUCAGCCGGAGCAGCAACCUUACUAGACAUUAUAGGACACACACCAGAGUGAGGGCAGGGAGGCAAUUAAAAUAGCUUCAGCUGAUAUAUCAAGAGAUAUAUGCCACUGGGGGGUAGUUGUUUAACACUUCUGGGUUCUGGGAAAGUUUUGCCAGACAUCUUCUGUGGUGCAUCACUGCCCUCCUCCAGCCCCUCCUGCGGUGAUGAAAGAAUUGCAAGCAUGUGGAGGGUGAUCAUACAUGUAGUGGCUGACACAUGUGGUACAAAUGCAGCAACAGCUCAAAUGGAAUGCUUAACACAGAGACAAUAAGCGCCGCUCAGAUUUUUUUUUUGGUGCCAUGACUAGGAUCGCUCAGAUCAUUUUUAAAGGACUAUUCCUCAUGAUUCAUUUGAUUUAUCACAUUGCUUAAGCCAAGGCAAGCAUGAGGAGUGUGUGGUUCACCAGAUAUUACCAGAUGACUAACCAUUGGCCAUAAGGACUGAGGCUGAUGGGAAUUUUGACAUUCGGAAAGCCAUAGGUUUCCUGCCCAUGACUUAAUAGAUCCUUGAAAGUGGAUGCAUAGAGUGAGGAGCUGUGGCCUAAUUUGGUGGUUGGCAGCAGAGUUUGGGCUUAAAGACUGGGCAAGACCGCCUGAGCUGCAAUGAAGGGAUGGUGAGGGGGCAGGGGAACUGGCAGCCACCAGUGAUGAACUUCAUCUCCUUCCUAGCACCCCAUCAUUAUGGUAGCCACUGGCAUCCUGUGGCAUGAAGCAUGACUGUGUUAAGAAAGGGAGGACUAAGGUGUCAGCAUAUUGUAUGGGGAAAGGUAUGAGAUUUUGAAGCGAGCAAAAAAAAGCCCCUUUUUUCAUCUUGAUGCUUUUCAUGCUUUUACACUGGGUUGGGAUCCUAGAAUGGAUGUGAUUUCUUCUAACCUGUAGAAGCUUGUUCCCUAGAACGUGAUACUGUUAGGACAGCUGGAAAAGCAGGAAGCUCUUUGAGUGUAGGUGCACCAAGGUAGGUAUUAGGCAUGGUUAAGUCUAUCGUCAUUUUUAAUCUUGCAUGCUAAAAUCCUUGUGUGCAAUAUUGUUUAUUUACUCAUAGAGUUGUAGUCUUUUUAUGUACAGUGCACUUUUGAUUUACUAUUGAUAUUCUUGAUGGACUAUGUUUGCUCCUUUCAUAAACAAAUGCAUUCACUGGUC